GUAUUAUUGAGACUGCAGAUCGCCUGGAUCGUGAGACUACUUCACAUUACUGGUUGACCGUUUAUGCAACAGACCAAGGCAUUGUGCCUUUAUCAUCUUUCAUUGAAAUCUACAUAGAAGUUGGGGAUGUUAAUGAUAAUGCUCCUCAGACCACAGAACCAGUUUAUUACCCAGAGGUCAUGGAAAACUCACCUAAAGAUGUAUCCAUCAUUCAGAUUGAGGCAUUUGAUCCAGAUUCUAGCUCAAGUGAAAAAUUAACCUACAAGAUUACAAGUGGCAAUCCACAGGGAUUCUUUUCAAUAAACCCCAAAACUGGUCUAAUUACAACCACAUCUAGAAAACUAGAUCGAGAGCAGCAGGGAGAGCACAUACUGGAGGUAACAGUAACAGACAACGGUGUUCCUGCAAAAUCAACAAUUGCACGGGUGAUUGUGAAGGUCUUAGAUGAGAAUGACAAUAAGCCUCAGUUCUUGCAAAAGUUCUACAAAAUCCAGCUUCCAGAGCGUGGUAAGCCAGAACGAGAGAGAACUGCUAGGAGAGAGCCGAUCUAUCGAGUUAUUGCUGCAGAUAAAGACGAAGGCCCCAAUGCAGAGAUCUCUUACAGCAUUGAAGAUGGUGAUGAACAUGGCAAAUUCUUUAUUGAACCGAAAACUGGAGUGGUUUCAUCAAAGAAAUUUUCUGCAGCAAGGGACUAUGAUAUCCUUUCAAUUAAAGCUGUAGAUAAUGGUCGUCCACAAAAAUCAUCAACUACACGGCUUCACAUAGAAUGGAUUCCAAAGCCUGUCCCACCCACAGAGCCCAUUUAUUUUGAGGAAGCAUUUUUUUCUUUUACGGUGAUGGAAAGUGACCCAGUUGCUCACAUGAUUGGCGUAAUAGCUGUUGAACCUCUUGGAACACCACUUUGGUUUGACAUAACGGGUGGCAACUAUGACAGUCGAUUUGAUGUGGACAAGGGCACUGGAACUAUCAUUGUCGCUAGACCUCUUGAUGCAGAACAGAAAUCAAAUUACAACUUGACGGUAGAGGCAACAGAUGGAACCAGAUCUAUCAGCACUCAGGUAUACAUCAAAGUUAUAGACACAAACAAUCACAGGCCUCAGUUUUCUGCUUCAAAAUAUGAGGUGGUUAUACCUGAAGAUACCAUACCAGAGACAGAAAUUCUGCAAGUCAGUGCCACAGACAGAGAUGAGAAGAAUAAACUGAUUUAUACUAUGCAGGGCAGCACUGAUCCCAUUAGUCUUAAAAAAUUUCGUCUGGACCCUGGAACUGGCUCUCUUUAUACUUCAGAAAAAUUGGAUCAUGAGACCAUGAACCAGCAUAUUCUCACAGUAAUGGUUCGAGAUCAAGAUGUUCCUGUAAAGCGCAACUAUGCUAGAAUCAUCAUCAAUGUUAGUGACACAAAUGAUCAUGCUCCAUGGUUCACCAGCUCUUCCUAUGAAGGACGGGUGUACGAGUCAGCAGCUGUUGGAUCAGCAGUACUCCAGGUUACAGCAUUAGAUAAGGACAAAGGAAAAAAUGCAGAAAUUGUGUACUCUAUUGAAUCAGGGAAUAUUGGAAAUUCCUUCUUUAUAGAUCCCGUUUUGGGUAUAAUUAAAAUUGCAAAGGAAUUAGAUCGUAGUAACCAGGAAGAAUACAACCUGAUGGUAAAAGCUACAGACAAAGGAGAUCCUCCAAUGAGUGAAGUGACCUCUGUGCAUAUAUUUGUUACGGUUUCUGAUAAUGCCUCACCAAAAUUCACAGCCAAAGAAUAUUCUACAGAAAUCAGUGAAAGUGCCAGCAUUGGCAGUUUUGUUGGAAUGGUUACAGCAUACAGUCAGUCUUCUGUAGUUUAUGAAAUAAAAGAUGGUAAUAUAGGUGAUGCCUUUGCUAUCAACCCGAACUCGGGUGUCAUUGUUUCUCAGAAGAUACUUGACUUUGAAACUUUGCCUGUUUACACUCUAACUGUGCAAGGAACAAACAUGGCUGGCUUGUCCACUAAUGCAACAGUUUUGGUACAUCUUCGGGAUGAGAAUGACAAUACACCAAUUUUUAUGCAGGCUGAGUAUACAGGACUCAUCAGUGAAUCGGCUUCAAUUAACAGUGUGGUUCUGACUGACAAGAAUAUCCCAUUAGUAAUUCGAGCUACAGAUGCUGAUAAGGAAUCUAAUGCUUUGCUUGUUUAUCAAAUUGUUGAACCAUCUGUCCGCAAAUAUUUUGCCAUUGAUUCUAGCACUGGUGCCAUUCGGACAGUAAUGAGUCUGGACUAUGAGGAGACAAAUAUUUUCCACUUUUCAGUGCAAGUACAUGAUAUGGGGAUACCACGUUUAUAUGCAGAAUAUGCGGCUAAUGUUACUAUUUAUGUAAUUGACAUCAAUGAUUGCCCUCCUGUGUUUUCAAGAGAGUUGUAUGAGACAUCCAUUUUGGUUCCAACCUAUAAAGGCGUGAAAGUCAUCAGCGUAAAUGCCACUGAUGCUGAUUCAGGCAUUUUUUCGCAAUUAAUUUAUUCCAUUAUUGAAGGCAACAUUGGAGAAAAAUUUUCAAUAAACCCCGAGACUGGAGAUAUAACGGUACAAAAUACAACUCAGUUAAGAAGCAGAUACGAAUUAACAGUGAGAGCAUCUGAUGGCAGAUUUGCAAGCACUGCAUCUGUAAAAAUUAAUGUGAAAGAAAGCAAAGCAAGCCAGCUGAAGUUCACACAGAGUUCUUACUCUGCAACAGUACAGGAGAAUUCCACAGAGGCAAAAACAAUAGCUGUUGUUACUGCUAUAGGGAAUCAAAUAAAUGAGCCUUUGUUUUACCAUAUUCUAAAUCCAGACAGCAGAUUUAAAGUAAGCCCAACUUCAGGAGUCCUUUCAACAACAGGAAUACCAUUUGAUCGUGAACAGCAAGAAUCUUUUGAUGUGGUCAUAGAAGUGACAGAGGAAUAUAAACCAUCAGUUGUUGCACACGUUGUAGUUAAAGUCACAGUGGAAGAUGUGAAUGAUAAUGCUCCAUUUUUUGUCAAUCUUCCAUAUUAUGCUGUCAUUAAAGUAGACUCUGAAGUAGGCCAUGUUAUUCGACGUGUCACUGCAGUAGAUAAAGAUACAGGCAGAAAUGGAGAGGUGCAUUACUAUCUCAAAGAACAUCAUGAACAUUUCCAAAUUGAUCCCACUGGUGAAAUCUCACUGAAGAAGAAGUUUGAACCAGACACACUAAAUAAGGAGUAUCUGGUCACAGUAGUGGCAAAAGAUGGAGGAGACCCUGCUUUUUCUGCUGAAGUUACAGUCCCAAUUACAGUUAUGAGUAAAGCUAUGCCAGUUUUCGAAAAGCCUUUCUACAGCGCAGAGAUACCAGAAAACAUUCAGCUCCAUAGUCCUGUGGUACAUGUACAAGCAAACAGCCCAGAAGGACUUAAGGUGUUUUACAGCAUCACAGAUGGAGAUCCUUUCCAUCAGUUCACUAUCAACUUCAACACUGGCGUUAUAAAUGUGGUUGCCCCUCUUGACUUUGAGUCUCAUCCAGCCUACAAACUGAGUAUUCGAGCAACAGACUCCCUAACUGGGGCACAUGCUGAUGUGUUUGUAGACAUAAUAGUGGAAGACAUCAAUGAUAAUCCUCCUGUGUUUACAGAGCAGUCUUACACUGCCACCCUUUCUGAGGCAUCUGUCAUUGGAACAUCUGUUGUACAAGUGAGCGCUACAGAUGCCGAUUCUGGAACAAACAGGGGGAUUUCCUAUCACUUGAUUGAGGAUAAUAGCGAAAGUCAUGACUACUUCCACAUAGAUAGCAGCACUGGACUCAUUCUUACAGCAAGAACUUUGGACUAUGAACAAAUUAAACAACACAGGUUACUAAUAAGGGCCAUAGAUGGUGGUAUGCUGCCCUUGAGCAGUGAUACCAUUGUAACUGUUGAUGUAACUGAUCUCAAUGAUAACCCCCCUCUUUUUAACCAAUUGCUUUAUGAAGCUAAAAUUAGUGAACUGGCUCCCCGAGGGCAUUUUGUGACAUGCGUGCAAGCCUCAGAUGCAGAUAGCUCAGAUGUUGACAAGCUGGAAUACUCCAUUCUGACAGGCAAUGACCAAAAGAAUUUUGUAAUUGAUAGCAAAACUGGCAUUAUCACCAUCUCAAACCUACGCAGACAGACAUUAAAGUCACAUUAUAAUCUUAAUGUGUCUGUUUCUGAUGGGGUCUUCAGAAGCUCAGCUCAAGUUUAUAUAACUGUAACCAGUGCCAAUAUGCACAGUCCUGUUUUCAGCCAGAGUGAAUAUGAGGUUGAACUAGCUGAAAAUGCUCCAUUGCAUACGUUGGUGACUGAAGUUAAAGCAACAGAUGAAGAUUCUGGUACUUAUGGCCACGUCACUUACCACAUUGUGAAUGACUUUGCCAAAGACAGAUUUUACACAAAUGAGAGAGGGCAGAUAUUUACCUCUGAAAAGCUUGACCGUGAAACACAAGCGGAAAAAGUAAUUGCCAUUAGUUUAAUGGCCAAAGAUUCAGGAGGAAAAGUUGCUUUCUGUACUGUUAAUGUAAUACUUACAGAUGACAAUGAUAACGCUCCUCAAUUCCGAGCAACAGAGUAUGAAGUAAAUAUUGGAUCUGAUGUUCCACGGGGUACUUCUGUCAUUAAAGUCUGGGCAUCCGAUGCUGAUGAGGGUACAAAUGCAGACAUCACAUAUGCUAUUGAAGCAGAGUCUGAAAAUGUUAAAGAGAAUUUAGAAAUUGAUUCAUUGUCUGGUAUAAUUACUACAAAAGAAAGCUUAAUUGGUUUAGAAAAUGAGUUUCUGACCUUCUUUGUUAGAGCAGUUGAUGGUGGAUCCCCCCAAAAAGAGUCAGUCGUUCCUGUCUAUGCUAGAAUACUCCCACCAGAAGUGCCUCUUCCAAAAUUUUCAGAGCCGUUUUAUUCUUACACGGUUUCUGAGGACAUUCCAAUUGGGACUGAGAUAGAUGUUAUCAAAGCAGAGCAUAAUCAGACUUUAGUAUAUAGUCUGAUUAAAGGGAACACUCCUGAAAGCAAUAGAGAUGAUUUUUUUGUGAUUGACCGACAGACUGGAGAGUUGAAACUUGAGAAGAAUCUUGAUCAUGAAACAACUAAAUGGUACCAGUUCUCAGUUCAAGCACAGUAUGCAAAUGAAGAUUAUAAUGUUGUUUCCUCAGUAGAGGUGAGCAUUCAGGUAAAAGAUGCAAAUGAUAACAAACCAGUUUUAGAGUCCAAUCCAUAUGAAGCAUUCAUCGUAGAAAACAUGCCAGCUGGAACAAGAGUUAUCCAGGUUAAAGGAACUGACUUAGACUCAGGACUCAAUGGGCUGGUUACUUACAGCUUGGAUCCUUCUCAAGAACUAGACAUUAUAGAGUCUUUUGCCAUAAACAUGGAAACUGGCUGGAUUACCACUCUCAAAGAACUUGAUCAUGAGAAACGAGACAAAUACAAAAUCACAGUGGUUGCAUCUGACCGGGGUGAAAGAAUUCAACUGUCUUCUAUGGCUGUGGUUGAAGUUACUGUUACAGAUGUGAAUGACAAUCCUCCACGCUUUACUGCAGAGAUCUAUAAAGGAACAGUCAGUGAGGAUGACCCUCCUGGUGGGGUAAUUGCCAUCUUGAGUACAACUGAUGCUGAUACAGAAGCAGCCAAUAGACAAGUCUCUUACUACAUUACAGGAGGUGAUCCCUUGGGACAGUUUGCUAUCGAAAAUAUACAGAAUGAAUGGAAGGUCUAUGUCAAAAAGCCUCUGGACAGGGAAGAAAAGGAUAAUUACCUUCUAAAUAUUACAGCUACUGAUGGGACAUUUGCAACUAAAGCUGUGGUGGAGGUUAAAGUCCUUGAUGCCAAUGAUAAUAGCCCUGUUUGCGAAAAGGCGUUGUACACUGAGUCUGUUCCUGAGGAUGCCCUUCCUGGCAAACUGAUAAUGCAGGUAUCUGCUACAGAUGCAGAUAUUCGUUCCAAUGCAGAAAUUACUUAUACACUACAUGGCACAGGAGCAGAAAAAUUCAGACUCACUCCAGACACAG